AUGACUGCCGUUAGAGGCAUGUCUGCAUUCCAUUCCAGUCAGUCUGUCUCGAGUGCUACAUGCUGUUGCUCUCAAGCUGUCACUACUACUAUAACUUUCAUCCGUCAGCGUCACGUCAUUGUCUCAACCGUCGCUGUUCAACGCUCGCUACUACCAGAACUUACUGCGCAGUUGUAUGGUAAUGCUUUUAAAUACCCUAACGAACUCUCCGCCAUUCGCCGUACCCCAGCUACCACCACCACUGCCGCUUCCGCAACCUCCGCCGCGGCUCACCAUAUCCGGCCGUUAUUUCCAGCGCCUACUGCCAACAGCCGAAUUCCGACGACAUAA